GCAAAAACCCUAAAAUCCAAAUCCCUCCUCUAAUGGCAGAACAAUCCUCCCUCAUUGGGUCCGGCCGAGACCCGCAAACCAAUGUGGAGCCCUCUGGCGUAACCCGCUCCAGGGUCCGACCCGGCCACAAGCGGGACUUCGCUUUCGCCAUGAGAGCUCAGUCCGAGCUUAGGGUCGUGCUGGGUCGGACUCGAUCGAGGACUAGAGGGGACGAGAGCGCAGCUGCUGCGGCGGGCCCUGGCUCUAAGCCACGUCAGCAGCUGCACGUGGGGCCCAGUUCGUCGGGUCCGAUCGCUGUUGACGGCGAUGGUGAUGAUGAGAUGAAGGUAGAGAAUGGGGUUUCGGACGACGUGGUGACAGUUGAGAAGAGGGAGAUGAAGAGGACGUUGGAGAUGGAACUGACGAAAAUGCCCUCGAAGGCUUUAGAUGACGUGGCGAUUGUUGGGAAGAGGAAGAAGAUGGGAGCGCAGAGGACGUUGAGAAAGCGAAUGUCAAAAAUGCCCUCGAAGAGAUUCCACCAUAUAUCAGAAGAAGGCGAAGUAGAUUCUGUAAACUCGUCGAGAUCUUCAACUCAUGAUGUGAGUGCUUCACCUCCAAGCACACCGAAGGUUUUUGACAGCAGUGCUCGUUCGAAGAAAAGUUCAUCAUCGAACAAGGUUACUUCUGCAAAAGUAACAAAAAAGGAUAUCGGAUUCCAUAAAUCAGUGUUUAACAAUGAAGAAUUGCUGAAGGAAUUCAAGGAUGACACAGUGCACUACAUGGUAGAUGGGAAGAAAUUGCUUGAGGGUAAAUUACGAGAUUCUGGAAUCUUUUGUUCUUGCUGUGAACAAGUGAUUAGUCCUUCAAAAUUUGAGACCCAUGCUGGGGAAAGUCAAAGGCGCAAGCCUUAUCAUCACAUUUAUUUCCCUGGUCGUGGUUUUUCAUUGCAUGAGCUAUCCCUUAAACUAUCCAAAGAAGGGAUGUUAUCAAAUAGAAAAAAAGAUAUCGGGUGUAAUGUCUGUGGAUUAGGCGAAGACCUGCUGUAUUGUGAUCUUUGUCCGAGGUCUUUCCACUUAGAAUGUCUGGGAUUGUCAAGAGCCCCACGAGGGGAAUGGUCCUGUCAACGUUGUCGAAACAUGCAUGAGAAAGAAAAAUAUGUGGCACAUAAUAAAAAUGCGCUUUCUUGUGGAAGAGUUGCAGGAGUUGAUCCUGUAGAACAGAUACUUCAGAGAUGCAAACUUCGCAUUGUCAAGAGACAAGAGAUCGACAGUGGAGGUUGUGUAAUUUGCAGAGAGCAAGACUUCACCUCAGAGUUUGGUCCUCGCACUGUUAUAGUUUGUGAUCAAUGUGAGAAGGAGUAUCAUGUUGGGUGCUUGAAGGCUCAUAAUGGGGUUGAUUUAAAGGAAUUGCCAGAAGCUGAAUGGUUCUGCUGCAAAGAAUGCGAUGCGAUCUUUUUUGCAUUGCAAGAGUUAAUCCUUAAGGGAGAACAGCCAGUUUCGCAGCAAGAUUUAAAUGCGAUUAAGAGGAAAUUGGAGCAAAAGGGUUUAAGCAAGGAAGCUAAUGUUGAUAUAAAUUGGAAAUUGCUAACUGGUCAACUUUCGAAGGACAAUGAGCUGCUGCUUUCUGAAGCUGCUUCUAUUUUCCUCGAGUGCUUUGGGCCAAUAGUUGACAGCGUGACAAAUAAGGACCUUCUUCGGGCAAUGGUCUAUGGAGAAAAGUUCUCUGAAGAAAGAGACUACACAGGGAUGUAUUGUGCAGUGCUAACUGUGAGUUCUUAUGUUCAGUCAGCUGGCAUUAUACGAGUUUUGGGAAAUGAAGUCGCAGAACUUCCCCUGGUUGCAACAAGACAGGGCAACCAAGGAGUGGGUUACUUUGGAGCAUUGUUCUCAUGCCUAGAGAAGCUUUUGGCAUCCCUACAGGUUAAGCAUCUCAUACUUCCUUCUGUAGUGGAAACUGAAUCCAUUUGGACUCGGAAGUUCGGCUUCUCACGUGUUACACAGGACUAUCUCAACAACCAUUUAAAGGGAGUCAGGCUCACUACAUUUGAGGGAACAACGUUGUUUUGGAGACCGGUUUCAGGUUCUUUUUGACAUGAAAUUAAGCCUGAAGAAAUUGUAAUUGCUGGAAAGCAAAUUCUUUUGUAGUGUCUUUAAACAUUAGCUCCAUCUUGAACGGUUUACUGAAGUUUUUCCUCUUCUCUUCUUAUUUUGCUUUUUGUUUUUUUUUAUGUAAAAGAAAAGGGAGAAACAAAGGGAAGAUAGUUUGUUAACCUGUGUUGGGUGAAAAUGUAUGA